AUGGUACUCGCGGAUAGCAAUGCAAAAGGGUUCGCAGCAUCCACUAGACUGACUCGAACUAUAAAUGGCGUCGGGGUGUGCGCCGAGCCCACGGCCUUAAAUAGACAUCGCUCCAUGGGUGCGGGGAUCCUAACAAUCUACAGGGACUUUGGGUUGGAGCACGCGUCCAAGGCUGUCGAGGAUGCUUUCUCAGCCAAUAUUGUAUCUCUCCUACAAGCGGGCUGCUUCUUCGGAUCUCUCAUCUCUGCCCCGCUGAGUGAUCGUUUUGGGCGUAAGCUUGCUCUCGGGUUGGCGGGCCUGAUUUUCUGUGUUGGAUCAACUCUGCAGGUUGCAACAUUGGGAAGGGAAGCUGUGAUGUUUGUGGGGAGAUUCGUUGGUGGUCUUGCUGUCGGCGCCGCAAGUAUGCUCGUUCCCUUGUAUACGGCCGAGUGUUCCCCACCUCACAUUCGGGGGCGUCUGGUCGGUAUAUUCGAAAUUGGCGUGCAGGUGGGAAUGUGCAUCGGCUUCUGGAUCAACUACGCUGUCGAUCAAAUUAUGGCACCGUCAACUUCCCAAUGGCUGACGCCAUUCGCCAUCCAAUUUAUUCCCGGAGGCCUCCUCAUUAUUGGUCUUCUUUUCCUUCCCGAAUCCCCGAGAUGGACUGCACGAGUUCGGGGAAAAAGGCUCGCAAGACAAACCCUUUCAUACCUGCGGGGACUCCCGGAAAGCCAUCCCUCAGUGGAGUCGGAACUCAAUGAUAUCAUUACCCAGCUCGAGGACGAAAGGGCGGACAAACCUGGAAAGAGACUCUGGAUCGAGAUCAAGGAGCUAACGCACCCUGGCAUCAGAGCUAGGCUCUUUCUGGGUUUCAUGAUUAUGGUUUUCUGUCAAAUGGCUGGUUCUAAUGCUAUCAACCAUUAUUCGCCCCUGAUAUUCCGAUCGAUCGGUUUGACUGGUAGAAAGACUACUUUGAUUUCGACGGGACUCUAUGGAGUGGUCCGACUGGUCGCUGUUUGCAUCGCCAUGUAUUGGACUGUCGAUGGCUUCGGGCGGACGCGAAUGUUGAUGUGGGGGAGUGCACUAAUGGUACGGCACACCAGUGCCGGAUCAUAUGCGGCCGCAGUGUUUAUAUUUAUCUAUGCCUUUGGCUUCUGUUUUAGCUGGGCCGGCGUGCCAUGGAUUAUCUGCUCUGAAAUAUACCCUUUGCGCGUGCGAAGUCUUUGUAUGGCCAUCUGUACGGCUACCCACUGGCUUCUGAACUUCGUCAUUGCCCGCAGUUUCCCUUAUAUGAUUCGGAAUAUGAAAUAUGGAACAUAUUUCUUCUUUGCCAGUUUUCUGACGCUUGCGAUCCCAUUUGUGUGGUUGAUGGUGCCGGAGACGAAGGAAUUGAAGCUCGAAGAGGUGGAUGGUGUGUUUAGAAAUCGAACCUCCUGGGGAAGACGGGAACCUCAAUUACCUUGCGGGGAUCAUGCUGAUCCCUGUUCUUUAGAUGCUGAGAGGGGCAAGACUGAGAGAGUUAGAGAUGUCAAGAGCGCUGGAGUCAAGGAGGUUGAGAAGAUUGAUACUUUAAAGAGAUAUUGGCUUAACACCUUGCCAGACUGA